ACUUACGGUUUUUCAAGCAUUAGCUUGAGGGUCCGUAUCUUAAGAAUGAGUAUGACAAACCCUAAUAUAGAGACUCCAAUGAUCAAGAUGACGACGAGUGAGAGGAUACCUCCAACAAUUGAAGCUGACUCAUUACUUUCAGUUUGACCUGUUGUCAUCUGUGAAGUGACAAGUAUUGUGAAGCUCUCGACACUGCUCCUACUAGAUCUGAGUGCAGUGUUGGUGGCCAGGACUU